GCCCGAGUUGUUUUGUCUGUGUGUGCUCGGCCAGCCAUUGAGUUCUAAAGCAGCCAGCGCAGUGUUGUUUGUUGACUUCGAGUUGUAUCACCCCACCUCGUCCCUGUGUAUGUGCAGUGUGUUGUUGUGUUGUACGAGAAAACCGUUUUUCUGAAAGCCACUCGUCUCACUUUCGUUCAGUUUGCUCCAUUCGACAACUCUUGUUCUAACCAGAAAAACAUUUUCACAGCUAUAAAAUGGAUUCACUUCGAGAACAAGUGAUGAUCAACCAGUUCGUCCUCGCUGCCGGAUGCGCCCGGGAACAGGCUAGACAACUGUUACAAGCAGCACACUGGCAAUUCGAGACGGCCUUAAGUAUUUUCUUCCAAGAAGUCAGUGUGGCCAACUGCGGAGGAGGCGGCCAUGCCCAUCACCUCCAUUACAAUCAGUUAUGUACGCCAGCCAAUACGCCAGCGACACCCCCGAAUUUCCCUGACGCCCUGGCCGCCUUUGCCAAACUCUCAGCUUCAGAUAAAUACGGUACCUCGCCAGGGAUCUAUUCGACAUCACCGAACCCGACAGCGGCCUACCUCACCUCCCAGCACAUGCACGGCUACGGUGCCCAACAGAUGCCUCUGCAGCCCCAACAGCAUCAACAGCAAGCCGGCCAUCGGUCGACUUAGAUGUGACCGUCUAUAUUUUGUCUUUCUUCUUUUUGUUUUCAUUGGUUGGCAUGUCCACUAAAAACCACCACCCACACACAGACAUUAUACACCUCAUUAUUGCAAAAAAAGAGUUUCAAAGGAGCAAAAGUAGCAAGACGACUAGUUUUGAUUUUGACAACAGUUAAUAUUUACCUCUAUCCACCACCCCCAACCCCCAAAAACCCUCCUCACUCUCUCCCAGAUCUUCGGGCAUAAAUUUGGCAGAUAGACAAAACAAAAAAGGAAAAGACAUCGAGAAGCCAAACUAAUCAUUCGCGAUGGGACAAGGAAGAAGAUAAAUCCUCUUCGAUCUCAUUCCCCCCCCACUACACUUUAUUUCUCUCUCUCUCUCUUAAUUCUUGUGUAACUAUAUAUAAUAAUAAUAACUAGGCGCUGGAAAACAAAAACCAACCUCACACACACACAUGAUGUUGCUGUUGUUGUCGUUGUUGCACUUUUGCUGUCAACUUCACAAUCCUCACACCGAAAGAAACACUUGUAGUAACCCCCCCACCAUCCCGACAUUUCACGCGCGCUGGAUCGUGUCUCUUUUUGUUUUCCUCUUUAGUUUCUCGUAUGUAAAUGUUAAAAAAAAAAAAAUACCUUUUUUUUCUUGUGUGUUAAAACGAUCUAGCAAAAAUUCGGAUCCAUUUUGGUUCAUUUCUCCUCGUCCUAAUUUAAAAAAUUUUAAAAAGAGAAAAUUGGAAAAAAAAGAGUAUGCGAAUUUUGGUUUGUUUUUUGAAACAAGAGAAAAGAGAGACACGAGAGAAGAAAUUUACCUGGUAGUCUUCAAAUUUUGUUGUGGUUAAUUAUAUAAAUUUGUGUGUCAAUUGUAGGCCUGUUUUCUUGAAAGGGGGAAAUGCAUGGCGUCUUGAUUUUCUUUGA